UCGCUGCCCCCCCUCCUCCCCCCCUCGCUCCCAGCUCAUGUCAUCAUCUGAUGCAGUCCUCUUCUGUCUUUUGCUCUUUCUCUCUCAAUCAGGCCAGCUGUCCAUCCACUGUCCUUCAUCGCUGCCUCGUUUCUUUCUAUUUUAGUUUUUUAUAAAUCUGUUUUGCCGUCGUUUCUUGCGCCUUCCUCUCUAGAUCCGGGGCGAGAUAUGAAGCGGCACCAUGGGUUUUAUGGAGUUCUACCUGGAGAUUGACCCCGUCACCCUCAACCUCAUCAUCCUGGUGGCCAGCUAUGUCAUUCUCCUGCUGGUCUUCCUCAUCUCCUGCAUCCUGUACGACUGCCGUGGCAAAGACCCCACCAAGGAGUACGCCCCCGACAACACGCCGGCGCCGCAGAGCCAGUCGCCCAUACGCCUGGUCGUCAUGCAGAAUUCGCCGACCUCGGGCCGCGGCGAGCCCAACAGCACGCCGGGACACGCGGAGCCGCCGACGCCGGACCUGAGCCGGGAGAGAGCGGAACGGGAGAGGGAGAAGAGGAGUACCCUGGUCUGAAGAUGAGAAGGAGAGAGCGCAGGGAGGAGGAGACCACCAUCAAGUGCUGUUGUGUCACUUCGUACUGUGGGUUUUCGUUCUUGAACUCCUAGUUUUUCUUUUUCAAAGUUGCUGGAGGACGUCGUUGACUUGCAGAGGAGUCCGCAGAUGAAUUCCUUUGCCAGUAGACGCCAGCAGAGGAGAUUCCCUUCCCUCUGGUAUCCGUCCUCCAGGCACAGCACACCAACUUCUGGCCGCUGCAACGCCGCUGGACACCCCGGACUCUGGACUCGUUUCAUGAGGACACAGAGACAUUUCAAACAGCAAGAUCUCACCGUUAUCACCGUUUCCCUCAAAUCGACUCCCAUCAGGUGUUUCUCUGAAUGGAGGUGCUUCCAGGAGGAACUGCUGAACUGCGUCCUGAAGCCAAUCUGACUGAUGCGGACUUGGAUCAGCCCAUGAAAGACGAGCUUGGCAGAGAAUCGUGGACAUGUGCGAACAGACGAUAGAUGGACGUCAUUCCGGGACGAUUCCAGGAAUCUUAAAGAAUGCAAAUGAAACAAAGAGUGAAUCUUCCAGAAAACUAAAUAUGAAGAAGAUGCAAAUAUAGCAAUGUAAUAUCACUAGUUAUCUUUUUUUUCUAAAGUUGACCUGCUUCUGAGAACACACACAGCUGCAGAUUUGGACUUGCAUUUUUUGAAUAUUUUAACAUAACAUAUUAAAGCAUUACCAUGAUAAAUACAAGUCUAAAUACAAAUAAAGCAAUUGACAAGUACCCAGUUGGCCCUCAGUCAUGAAGCUGUGCUAGCAUAGCUCUGGCUUUGGGAAAGCGUUUAGGAUCAACUCCUUCAUGUAGGGUUCUGGAAUUAGAUAUAAGAGCAACACAUGUGCAGUCAGGCUUUCAUUGCAAAAAGCACCUUCAGUUUAACAGAAGGCCCGAAGCAGCAGAACUACUGAGGCACAAAGCACUUUAAUCGUGUCAUUUCCGUUCAUUUCAGGAAGACUGGAUUUGUACAGACGUGUUCAUAUGGAUGUUAAGGCUGUCACAGAACAGCAGAUGCAAAAACUCAUCCUUCGAUAAAAACAAAAAAAAAGUAGAAUACAGUAGAUUUUCAAUAAUAGGACUUCUUGUCUAAAAUGUAUAGAUAUGAUGCACUUGAAUAUUUGUGGGUGUUCUUUUCCAGAAUCAUGACGUAGUUGACGCUUCUAGAAAUCAUAAAAACAAAAAAAGCUUUGUUAGAGUCCCAUGUAUGCAGCAUGUAAACACUUUUGCAGCAUCUUCGGCAGAGAGAGCAGGGUUUUAAUCAAGCACAAACCGUCAGUGUGGUAUUGUGGUGGUUCACUGUUGUACUAGGCCCAGGUGCCAACCUGUUGCUCCAACCUGUUGGCACCAACAGGUUGGAGCAAUUCGAAGCAGUACGCACCACAUUAGCCCGAUGUCUUGCAAACAGCCUGAUCCCACCCACACGCUGCUGGCAGGGCUCCAUGCUUAUGCCACGAUGUGACGCGACGUCCUUAAUUUCCUGCUGACGCUCUCGCUUCAUUUGAGCCACAUUUUCACCAACCGACAUGAUCGCCAACGCCAGCUCACAUCCUCUGAGGCACCAACGAGCGCAGAACAUUCUGGAUGCAGAAAAAAAACAAACAUUUUCCUGGACAAUGUCAAGCUGAUGGACACCCUGAUAGUGUCAUGGUGGUAUUUCUUGAGAGACAGAGAGAGAGAGAGAGAGAGAGAGAGCAGAUCCCAACUUGUGCCACAGACGCUGAUACUGGGACAAAUCCUCUUACAUAAAAAAAAUAUAAAAAAUUACACAGACCAAGCCACCAAUGACUGAGUCCCAUCCAUAACAUAGCAUGAACUGCACAACCGUCCAGCACCUCUCCCCUCCCCCUUCAUAUUUCAUGUUUGGGGAUUACACUCUGACCAGCACAGAGUAUUAGGAGCUUGGAUUGUGUGUUUGUUUUCCCCUCUUUGCUGUGUCUCUGUCUGCAGGGGUGGAAAUUGGCGGCGGUGGUGGAGGGGGUGGUUACAUAAGCUUCAGGUUGUCAGAGAUGGCGUUAGACGGUCUCACACUAACACAAGCUUAAAAGGUUUAAAUUUAAGGUAGCUGGAACUGUAGCUUCCAGGCUGACACCAUUCUCUUUGGAUGGAUGAGUCCCAGUGCUGACUGAGCCAGGGUUGAAGACAUUCACCAGAGACAGCAGCAAAGAAUGACUUCCUAAAGCAGAAUGUUGAUAAAGAAAAAUAAAUAAAAAUAAAAAAGGCACAAUUAGGCGACAUACCGGGUCUUAAAAACCCUAAUCUCAUCUUAAUCUCUGAAGAAUACUGCAUAGAUUUCUGUCAGCUCGUAAAAAGGAGACGUUUACUAAGCCUACCUGACUCCCUAAAAGACGGAUAAAGAUCUGGUGCCACACAGAGCUCAUACAUAGUUUCUUUAGGUUUUUGGUGGUUUAGUACCUUUGAGUCCAUUUUAUUGAAGCACACUGGAACCAAUAUUGGAUGUAAAAUGGCACAGUGGAACAGCACGCCACAAAGAGGUAACCACCAUCCGCGUUAAAUGAGUUAGCUGUCCGUAAUAUAAUCGUAAAAUAAAAGUAAAUCUUGAGUUAAGAGAAAUCAGGGCCCUCAAAACAGAACCAGGUAAAAGAAAAAGUUUAGUUGUCUCUUUGUCAAUUUACUGGAAGUGAAAUUUGCUUAGUCUAAACAACUUCUCACUAAGAAGUACAGCAUUAAAAAACAAAAACUUCAAUAUUUAAAUAUGUCGAAAUUCGGUUUUAUAUUUUUAUUAUGAAAUUCAGAGGAACAAGUGUUGAUGUUUGGGUUGUGAUCAAAUGUUAACUAAAUCACUGCUUCGGUUGAAACGUAAAUUUACUGUGUUGGUGUUUCUGUAUCAUUCACGUAUGAAGCAAUACUGAAUGAAAAUUAAGUUUUUCAUAUUGAAUCCUUUUUAUUUCUUGACAUAAUCUCAACUUAUAAAUUCAUGUUUUUUUUUUUCAUUUUGAAGAUAUUAUUUUAACUCAUAAGACUGAGAGAAUCUGUCUGAUCCCAUAUCAUUACAAGCUAAUCUGACGUCACUUUUAAAUGUUCACCAGCAAAUCUAUGCUUUUGUUUUAUUAAACGUUUUGGAACUGAUUGGA